UGGAUAUGCGGUCCUGAAUCCGAUACGUAUCUGAUCUUUUCAAAUGCGACCUGUGUCUGUACGGCCGGGUCGCAUUCAUCCGACCUACACGUCAUUGACCCUUGACAAACGUUACUAAACGUUACUAAUCUGCGUCCUACUAAGCGGAGGCAGGAAAAACUAACAACCAAUGGCGGAAGAUAACACGGAGAGCAGUCAAUGGAGAGAAAGUGAGGUUGCUGAUUUAAUUCAUAUUUGGAAAGAUAGCUCGAUUCAGACCAAACUCGAAGGGUCUUACCGGAACCGGGGGAUAUUUGAAAACAUUUCCCGAGAAAUGGCCGAUCGGGGAUACAAACGCUCCUGGAUCCAAUGCCAAUGGAAAAUCAAGAGCCUCCGGGCCAAAUAUAAGGAGGCUAAAGACAUAAACAAACGAAGCGGACGUGGACGUGUCACCUGUUCAUUUUACGAAGAGCUGGACCGUGUUUUGGGAGACAAGCCCAGCAUUCAACCACUAUACCUGGUGGAUAGCUGCUUUGCUGGAGAGGAGCCCGAGGAGAGGAGCCCAGGUCCUGCCGCAAACACAGGCGGCAGCGGCGGCAGUGGCAGCAGUGAUACAGGUGAUGGGAUGCUUGCCUCACCUUCAACUCCUGCCUCAACCUCAGAGGAAAGUUCUACACCAAGAACUGAUGAUUCAAGCUUUAACAGCAGUACACCAUCUACAUCCUCUGGCUUUCUUAGAGAGAUCAAGCCACCCUCCUCAGCCACCGUUUUACCAGGCUCCAAUGCAGCCUUCACAGCCUUACAGUCCAAGAGCACCUCCUACUCAUCCAUCCCCGUUUCCUGUAGUUCCAGGUCCAUCCAACAUCAGGCCUCUGUCCUUUCUUCAGGAUUUAAAUCAACCACUGCUGUUCAACAGUGCUCAAUCACAUUCACAUGUCACACAAUCCUUUUGUGAAACACUAGCUAAUGCUAAUGAUUAUCCUCCUGCCUUCCAGUCUCAAGAUGAGGAUGAAAUGUAAGCACUUUUGAAAAGUCCUGAUUUUUGUUUUGAAGAAGGCUGAUCUGCAUUUUAAUUUAAAUACUGCAUUUGCAAUGAAAGGUUACGUUUACUUUAUUAGUUAGUACUUGAAUUUAAGGUGCAAUAUUUUUUCAUAUUGAUUGUUCUGUUUUUGUAUUCGAAAACAUUGUUAAAUGUUGUUAAAGUUGAUAAAAAAAUUGCACUACAAGAGCCAUACUAUUUUACCAGCAAAACCAGGUAACGUUGUUAAAAACUUUAUUUUUCUGAUAUUGAACAAAAAAUGUUUGAACAUGUGUGUUAAC